AUUAAAAAAUAUAUAUUAAAAUACGGGUAUUACAACUACUGAACUGAAUUGCCACCUCUAUUCUCAUAGCACGUUACACCUUUUGUUUCUACUACACAAUCUAUUUUCACGUUUAAUCUCACCUUUUUGCACAGAAACACCAAAACUGACUGAAAAAAUCUGGAAGCAGUAGCAGUUGCAAUUAGUCCACUAAAUCAUCAGCCACGUGGCAAUAUCCCAACCCUCGUAUUUCACCUGUCGGUAGCAGACUAUUUCCCGGUACCACCCAUUACACACGCGUCCAUUCCCAAUAUUAAAAAAACCAUUAAAACCAAAAUUAAUUAAAUAAAAAUAAUAAAAAUUCCACCAACAAAUAAUUCUUCCUCUUCUUUCCAUAAACCCUCACUUGUCCUCACUUGUCGCUCCACCAGCUUUUUCGCAUUUCUCUCUCCUCUAUCUCCUCCACUCCACAACAUCCAACCCCACUUUUCCGACAAACUUUCCGGCAAGAACUCGCCGGGAAACCGCCAUUUCCACCUGAUUCCCUACCAUAUCUCAUGCUUCCUGUAACAGACACUUCAUUGUCGUCUACUCAAGACCGGCUAACAAAAAGACCCAAAACCCCUCCAAAACAAAUACCACCAUUUUCAUCUUCUCCAGAUUAUUUCUCCAAACCUUCUCACUUCACUUUCUCUCUCCUCUACCACCACCCUCGAUCAUGCCUCCUCAUCUUUGUUCUCCUCCUUCAACUCAUCCUCCUCUCAUACUCCGGCCACCGUCCUCUCUCCGCCGCCUCUUCCACCACUCUCUCCGUCGCCAUUUCCAACUCCUCAACCUUAAACCCUAAUUCCCUAACUUGCGAAUCAGGGAAAUUCUUCGUAUACGAUGAUCUUCCACCAAAGUUCAACUCCGAAAUCUACCAUAACUGCGACAAACUAAGCCCAUGGGGGUCCCGGUGCGCCGCCCUCUCAAACGACGGGUUCGGUAGAAAAGCGACAGGAAUCAACCGAAUCAUGCCGGAAAAUCUCGCCGACGCUUGGUAUUUCACUGAUCAAUUUUCUUCUGAAAUAUUAUUUCACAACCGAUUACUUUCACAUGAAUGCCGUACAUUAGAUCCAGAAUCUGCUGCGGCGUACUACAUCCCGUUUUACGCUGGACUAGCGGUCGGUAAAUAUCUAUGGUCAGAUUACAGUCCUAAAGAUAGAGAUCAACAUUGCGAAAUGAUGCUCAAAUGGGUUCAAGAGAAACACCCCUAUUUCAACCGAUCCAACGGUUGGGAUCAUUUUCUUGUGAUGGGUAGAAUUACAUGGGAUUUCCGCCGUUCAAAUGAUCAAGAUUGGGGGUCGAAGUGUAUUUACUUACCAUCAAUGAGAAAUAUUACACGGUUGUUGAUUGAGAAAAAUCCGUGGGAUUAUUUUGAUGUUGGUGUACCUUACCCUACUGGAUUCCACCCUAGUAACCCAUCCGACGUCGUUUUAUGGCAGGAGUUUGUUCGGUCACGUGAGCGGCGUUCGUUGUUUUGUUUUGCGGGUGCUACUCGUGGUAUGAUCGCGAAUGAUUUUCGUGGGGUGUUGUUGAAUCAGUGUAGGAAGUCGGGCGGGUCGUGUCGGGUUGUGGAUUGUGGUGGGAAUCGGUGUGCUAAUGGGACGUCGGAGAUUCUAGAAACGUUUCUUGAUUCGGAGUUUUGUUUACAGCCUAGAGGUGAUAGUUUUACUCGUCGGUCUAUAUUUGAUUGUAUGUUAGCUGGUUCGAUACCGGUUUUCUUUUGGAGGCGAUCGGCUUAUUAUCAAUAUGAGUGGUUUUUGCCAGGUGAACCGGAGAGUUACUCGGUUUUUAUUCACCGUGAUGAGGUUAAAAAUGGGACUUUGGUUAAAAGUGUACUAGAAAAGUAUAGUAAAGAGGAUAUUAAAAGGAUGAGGGAUAAGGUGGUGGAAUUUAUUCCUAAGUUUAUCUACGCAAAAUCCAAUGAAGGGUUGGGGAGUAUAAAAGAUGCCGUUGAUGUUGCCGUUGAUGGGGUUUUAAAAAGAAUGAAGGAACUACAAGAGUAUGGUUUUAAAUGGUAAUUAGUUUAGAAAUAUGAGUAUUAUUUUUCAUUGUGUAUAUAACAAUUGCUAUUGUUACACGUACUAGGGAAGAAUUGUCCACUUUGUUAAGUGUGAUGGUCACAUUUUAUGGACUAGACAAUCUUUUUAUUAGAAUUGAGGCCGUUUACGAUUAGUUUGGUGUAUUGUAAUACUCGUAUAUACUAAUACUGAGUAAUUAUUUUACGUAGUAAUGUAGUAUAUUCUUUUGGGUGCUUAUUAAUAAAUGGUUUUGAGCUUUGAUAA